CCUGGCCUCGGGCUGCGGCGAUGACUCCUCGCCACGAGGCGCCGCGGCUCGCCGGGCUCCGCCACGCACCCGGCGGCGCGCAGGAGAAGCCCAUGGAGAUCCCGGCGCUGGCUGCGGCCGCGGCUACAGGAGCGGCCGCGGCGCAGGUUGAUGACGUGAGGUCGCGUGCGCGGCGCGGGCGAAUGACGUGUGCGCGCGAAAGGCUGAGCAGUAUGGCGUCUGUGUCGCUGAGCGAGGCGGAGAAGGUGUACAUCGUGCACGGCGUGCAGGAAGACCUCCGUGUUGAUGGCCGUGGCUGUGAGGACUACCGAUGUGUGGAAGUGGAGACAGAUGUGGUGUCCAACACCAGCGGCUCUGCCAGAGUCAAGCUGGGCCACACAGACAUCCUGGUAGGGGUAAAAGCAGAAAUGGGGACACCAAAGCUGGAAAAGCCGGACGAAGGUUACCUGGAGUUCUUUGUUGACUGCUCAGCCAAUGCUACCCCUGAAUUCGAAGGCCGUGGAGGUGACGACCUCGGCACGGAGAUCGCGAACACCCUCUGCCGGAUAUUCAACAACCGGAGCAGCGUGGACCUGAAGUCCCUGUGCGUUAGUCCCCGGGAGCACUGCUGGGUCCUCUACGUGGAUGUGCUGCUGCUGGAGUGUGGUGGAAACUUAUUUGACGCCAUCUCCAUCGCUGUGAAGGCCGCGCUCUUCAACACAAGGAUCCCGAAGGUUCGUGUCCUGGAGGACGAGGAGGGCUCCAAAGAAGUCGAGCUGUCUGAUGACCCGUACGACUGCGUGCAGCUCAGCGUGGAGAACGUGCCCUGUGUGGUCACCCUAUGCAAGAUUGGCUGUCGGCACGUGGUGGACGCUACCCUCCAGGAGGAGGCCUGCUCCCUGGCCAGCCUGCUGGUGUCGGUUACCAGCAAGGGGGUGGUGACGUGCAUGAGGAAGGUGGGGAAGGGCAGUCUGGACCCCGAGAGCAUCUUCGAGAUGAUGGAGACCGGCAAGCGUGUGGGCAAGGUGCUGCAUGCCUCGCUGCAGGACGUCCUGCACAAGGAGGAGAGCCUGGGCCCCGAGAGGCCGAAGGUGGGAUUCCUGGGGUGAUGGACACAGCCUUGCAGUGGACUCUGUUCCUCUUUUCUUUGGAGAUCAGGUCUCAAGAGCUGUGCUGUCCCAGCUGGUCUCGAACUCCUGGACUGCCUGCUCCCCAGCCAGUGGCCAGCAUGAGAAGGUUGUGCCGCCGCACCCUGCUUUCCUUUUCCUUGUGAACUGCUUUGUGUAUUUAUUUUGUUAGUUGUGAAUUUAAACUUAAAAGUCUAUUUUCGGGCCUGUU